AUAUCCUCUGGAAGCCGCUGUGGAAAGGGCUGUGACUCUUCCACGACUACUCCGGCUCUUGUCUACUUCCCGCCGGGCACUUAUGUCGUCUCCAAGCCGAUCAUCCAGUACUACUAUACCCAGAUCGUGGGAGAUGCCCUCAACAUGCCCGUCAUCAAGGCUGCCCCUUCGUUCGAGGGUAUCGCUGUCAUUGACUCCGAUCCCUACGAGAACGACGGCAGCAACUGGUACACCAACCAGAACAACUUCUUCCGUGGCAUCCGCAAUGUUGUCAUCGAUCUGACCGGUCUCGACAAGAGCAAGGGAGCCUGCAUCCACUGGCAGGUUGCCCAGGCCUCCAGCUUGCAGAACAUCCGCUUCGAGAUGGUCAAGGGCGGCGGAGACGCCAACAAGCAGAUUGGUAUCUUCAUGGACAACGGCUCCGGUGGCUUCAUGACCGACCUUGUCUUCAACGGCGGUAACUAUGGUGCUUUCUUCGGCAACCAGCAGUUCACCACACGCAACCUGACCUUCAACAACUGCAACACUGCCAUCUUCAUGAACUGGAACUGGGCCUGGACCUUCAAGUCUCUCUCCGUCAAUGACUGCGGUGUGGCUUUGAACAUGUCCAACGGAGGAUUCAACCAGACGGUCGGCUCCGUCAUGAUUCUCGACAGCAAAAUCAAGAACACCCCCAAGGGUGUCGUCACCUCCUUCAACGCCGAGAGUGUCCCCGAGUCUGGCGGUACCUUGAUCCUCGACAACGUCGACUUCACUGGCUCCACAGACGCAGUCGCCAGUCUUCAGGGCAGCUCCAUCGUUGGUGGAGGUUCCGUCAUCAAACACUGGGUUCAGGGCAACGCUUGGACUGCUGGAUCUGGCUCCAAGGCAAAGAGACUUCCCCCCCAGGCUCAGGCUAAGCCAGACAUAGCUCGCCGUGAUGAAUGUCCUGCUCCAGCUCCGCAGCCACCAGCUCAGUCUACUGCUCCGCCCUACCCAAUCCCAGAGACUGGCGAACCAACUCGAGUGCCAACCACUGAGCCAUCCCACGUCCCGACCAGAGUACCAACCGGCGGAAUCCCAUCCGGCACCACUGGCACUGCCCCUUCAACUCCCUCUCCCUCUGCUCCACCAACUGGUGGCCCUACCGCCUGUCCAUCCGCCCCUGUGACCAAGGCCCGUGUUCAGACUGCUCUUCCCCAGCCCAGCAAGCCAGCCAUCUUGCUCGACAAGUCCGGUAAGGUCUUUGAGCGCGCAAAACCACAGUACGAGAACGUCUCCGCCGACAAGUUCAUCAGCGUCAAGAGUGCCGGAGCCAAGGGUGAUGGCAAGACAGACGACACCAAGGCCAUCCAGGCUGUUCUUGACAAAGCCACUGCCGACCAGAUCGUCUACUUCGACCAUGGUGCCUACCUCAUCACCUCCACUAUCAAGGUGCCCAAGAACAUCAAGAUCACCGGAGAAAUCUGGCCGAUGUUGAUGGCCACCGGCAAGGCCUUCUCUGACAUGAAGAACCCCAUUCCCAUGCUUCAGGUCGGCCAGCCAGGCGACAAGGGAAACGUUGAGUUGUCGGAGCUCAUCAUUACCACCAAGGGCCCUGCUCCCGGUUGUAUCCUCGUCGAAUGGAACGUCGCUGAAGAGACUCAGGGCUCUGUUGGAAUGUGGGAUGUUCACUUCAGAGUCGGUGGCUUCGCUGGAACGGAGUUGCAGAGCAACACCUGUGCUAAGACGCCCAACACUACUACUACCCCUGACCCCAAGUGCUUCGGCGCCUUCAUGCUUCUGCACAUCACCAAGACCGCCUCUGCUUACCUCGAGAACACCUGGUUGUGGGUAUCCGACCAUGAACUUGACCUGUCCGACCAUGGCCAGAUCAACAUCUACAAUGGACGAGGUGCCUUGAUCGAGAGUUCUGGCGCAGUCUGGAUGUACGGCACUGCUUCGGAGCACAACACGCUCUACAACUACCAAAUCCAGAACGCAAAGAACGUCUACAUGGCCUUGAUCCAGACCGAGACUCCAUACUACCAAUCCAACCCAGACGCCCUGGUUCCCUUCGCCCCUGAAACCAAAUACAACGACCCGACCUUCGGCGACUGCACCACUGCCGCCUGCAAGAAGGCAUGGGGUCUCCGCAUCCUCAACUCCACCGAUGUCUUCCUCUUCGGAGGCGGUCUCUACAGCUUCUUCGAGAACUACAAGCAAGAAUGCCUCAAGACCGAAUCCUGCCAGCUCAACAUGAUCGAAGUGCUUUGCUCUGAGACAUACUUGUACGGUGUCAGCACCAAGGCCAGUACUAACAUGAUCACCUCGGGCGGCAAGGGACUGGUCCCUCAGAAGGAGAAUAGAAGCAACUUCUGCUCUACCAUUGCUCUCUUCCACCAGGGCAAUCUCUAG